AUGAACGGCCUCAAGUACCUGAUCAAGAUGAUCGGUAAAGCGCAAUACAAUGAGAUCAAGUUGAAGGAGGAGCUCAAGAAGAACACCGCCAAGAUGGCGAAGGCCAUCGGAGCCAACGCCAAAGUGGCACUGGUGAUUGCUCUGUCCCUCUUGCAGGGUGGACAGGGUGCAGAGAUUCAAGAAGAAGAAGAAGAUGAAGGCCAUGACGACGAGGCCUGGUGGGUUCGGCCAUUGGUGACCAUGCUAUGCCUGGCUUUGAUUGGGGCCUUGAGUCUGGCGCGGCUGGCAAUGGAUGGCUUGAGGGCAUGGUUGAAUGGGAGACGAGCCCAUGAGGAGAUCAUCGAGGAGAAGCAGGACGAACGUGAGCGUGGACAAGCGGGUGAACCGCGUGUGAGAAAUGAAGAAGAAACUAUGGCGCCACAGCCAAGUGAACCCUGGCAAGAAGAAGACCAGGAAAAGGUGAAUAUGCAAUGGCAGAUUGUUCGGCUUGAAGUUGCAGUGGCCGAGCAAGACGAGAAGCUGGAAGAAGUUCGACAAGACAGGGUACAGAGAG